UAUCACUGUCACUGUCACUGUUCUCAUUUUUUAGAGCCUUUAUUCAUUGAGAGAAGACUAUCAUCAUUCUCCAUAUCUGGUCUUCGAUUACAGAGAGAGAGUGUUGAAGAGCGUGAAAAAUGGGGAGAUCGACGACGUCAACGACGACCAAGGACGCCCAGGACCUGUUUCAUUCUCUCCGCUCUGCUUACGCGGCCACUCCAACUAAUCUCAAGAUUAUCGAUCUCUACACUGUCUUUGCAGUCGCUACAGCUGUAAUUCAGGUAGCUUACAUGGCUAUUGUUGGAUCAUUCCCCUUCAACUCCUUUCUUUCGGGGUUACUUUCUUGUGUGGGAACUGCUGUUCUUGCUGUUUGCCUUCGGAUUCAAGUAAACAAAGAGAACAAGGAAUUUAAGGACUUACCUCCCGAACGUGCCUUCGCAGAUUUUGUCCUCUGCAAUUUGGUUCUUCACUUGGUAAUUAUGAACUUUCUAGGAUAAGUUGGUACUCGAAUAUGAAACAAUAUUUGUUAGAUUUUGAUAGUAACCAGAUCAAAAGAGAGGGCGAGACUGACUGACUGUCACUAAGGUACUACACAAGAUUUUAGUUGUCUGAUGAUUUUUCGAACUUUGAUAUGUAUCACUUGGAUUACAUUUUCUUGCACCUACAAACUUUGUUAUCCAGACUACAAAUGUUGAUUUUGUAUUGUUAUCACUUGGAUUACAUUUUCCUGCACCUUGAUAGGCAUGUAUAGUGGUCUAUAUCUAAACAAAUUGCUUCAAAGUACUCGACACUUUGAUUAGAAACUAGUAGAAAUAAACACAUGAAAUUGCAAAGCACCAACAAUUUAUAUAUAUGCUCGAAAAGCAUUGCAUGUAUGUAUAUGGAUG